UAGGCAACAAAAUCGAGGCGAAGUGUCGCGACUCGCGAGUGUUAUGUUAGACUGUGCGUCUAAUGUGAUUGACUGCUUGUAUAAGUGGCUUCAGUGAUGGAAGUCUAUCUUUGGUAACCUGAGUGUUCAGAAUGUGAAUUCAUUUGCGCUCUUAGUUAAAUAAAAUAAAUAAGUUGUGGUAUACUAACAGUACGACUAAGUGUUAGAAGUUCUUUCAUCCAUCCACCCAUCCAAGUUUGAAACCUUGCGAGUUAGUCUGUUUUUUUAGUAUCCUAGAUUGUUAUAUGAUCCGGGAUAGUAUCUAGAAUGCUCUACGUUGUUGGUUUGGGGCUGAGUGAUGUGAAAGAUAUCACAGUAAAAGGAUUAGAAGUGGUCAGAAGGGCUGAUAGAGUGUACCUCGAAGCGUACACAUCUAUUUUGUGUGAUGGGAAGGAGGCGUUAGAACAAUUUUACGGCCGAGACCUGAUUAUUGCGGAUCGUGAUUUAGUUGAACAACGGUCGUCCGAGAUUUUGGAAGCAGCCGAUGUUAAAGACGUUGCUUUUCUGGUCGUGGGCGAUCCGUUCGGCGCUACAACACACACAGAUUUAGUACUUCGAGCGAAAGAAGCAGGGGUUGAAUGUAAAGUAAUUCACAAUGCUUCUAUACUGUCAGCGAUAGGAUGCUGCGGUCUACAGCUGUAUAGUUUUGGAGAGACAGUAUCAAUACCAUUCUGGACGGAUUCUUGGAAACCUGAUAGCUUCUAUAAUAAAAUAGUGGAAAAUAAAUGUCGUGGGCUUCAUACUCUUUGUCUCCUUGAUAUAAAGGUAAAGGAACCCACAUUGGAAAGUUUAACGAAGAAGAAGAAGGAAUAUAUGCCUCCAACAUUCAUGUCCGUUGCUCAGGCUGCAAAGCAGCUGUUAGAAAUAACUGAGAGAGAUGGUUUUGAUGAUUCCGCAGCAGGUGCACUGAAGGCAGACAGUCUGUGUGUUGGUGUGGCUCGUGUGGGAAGUGACAGCCAGAAAAUGGUGGUGUGCUCAAUUGAGCAGAUGACAGCUGUUGAUCUUGGUCCCCCACUACAUUCUCUCAUCAUCUGUUCUGACCAGCUUCACCCACUGGAAGCUGAAUAUCUGGAGAAACUUGUACCCACUGUAAAACCUGUUACAUAAGUUAUAAAAUAAAUGGAAUUUGUAAUUGACUGUUUUGUUUUUAUACAAUAAAUGGAAUUUGUAAUUGA